GGUUCAGUAACUCAACGACACUACUCCGACACGAUACACACUCCGUCAAUUCCGAAAUUCCGUCACCAAUCGUCUGUACGCGCCUUCGGUGGGCGGCUACCAUAUACGGAGGAACCUCCGGAACCGCAGCAGCAGCACUAGAGCAUUCUCCACUCGAAAUCUUCUCGAACGAAAUAAUGAGCCUAAUAUAGUUGCUGCACGAUCGACAGUGUUGUGUGUGAAGCCGAAUACACAGUUGCAGCGGUGGUGUGUUGCUGGCCACUAGUGCCAUUCGUGAAAAAGUGCCAAAACAAUGGCCGAUCACAACGAAAACAGUGGCCCGAAAAAGGUGGUAAAAAUCCAGGACUACAUUUCGCCGGGCAUUUCCCGGGAGCGAAGCUUCAUUCGUACGCCAAACGUACAGAACAACAACAGCAACAAACGACGCAGUUUGGCGUUCUCCCAAAGUCAAGCCCAUCAGCACGCUCAGCAACAGCUCCGUGAUGGAAUGCACAACGUCAACAAGCUGAACGUGCACGCCCAGGAGUUUCAGAUGCACAACCUACCCCUGAACGAUCAUCGCUUUCCACUGCAGAGCUCUAGAUCGUUGAACAUCUACAGCGGUGCGCUGCAGCACUCGAAGUCGAACGUCGGCAUGCCGUUGGGAAUGCACGGGCGGCAGCAUCACCCGCUGCACCUCGGCUCCAUCGGCAGCCCGGUGCAGCGGGGCUCCCUCAUGAUGCCCCCGUCCCACUCGCCGCUGCAUCACGUCGGGGUGCAGAUGCAACCGUCCCAUAUGCCCCUCGUGAACUCGCCGUCGAGCAGCAACAUCCUUCACUCUAGCGGACCGCGCGUCAAGUUCGCACCGGAACCAAUGGUUCACUCGGCACACGCAAACAGUAACGCAAGCUACCACAGCAACAACAGCAACUCCCCACACAACACCAUCACCAGCAACAACAGUAACAACAACAGCGACAGUAACAACCAACUGAAUGUUGCACCAUUGCAGCGCUCCAAGUCGCUCUCGUCGGCGGACACGCUGGCCCGCGGGCUGGCCAGUCUCGGGCUGGGCAUCGGAGCGGAAGCCAGCGAUGUGGGCAUGUUUGCGCCGGAAGUCCAGACGGCCAUCAACAAUGCGAUCGACGAUCCGAAUCAGCUCAAUGCGCGCUGUCUGAUGGAUCUGGCCGCCCAGCUGUUGCACCGUGCCGUCGAAGGACGCCGAUACUCGCUUCCGAUAUCGCGCCUGUGCAUUUCGAUCAUCGCCAAGGAGAAGAAGGAGACGUUCCUGGAGGCACUGCUCAACACCUGCCGCCAGUGGUAUCAAGAGCGGGACAAGGUGCUCGGACCCGUGCAGAACUCCAAGAACCCGUCCCGGCCCCGGUUCACCUCGUUCAUGGCGUUCCUGACGGAGAUGUUCUGCCAGUUGAAGCGCCGGCAGCUGCAGUUGCGCACCGAGUGCGACGGAGUUCCGCCACCGCUGGUGCUGCUCACGGUGCUCGGCAAAUGCUGCGAGGACUGCGUGCGGCCACCGGUGCGCUCACUGUCGGAGAUUGAAUGUUUGUUCUUCGUGCUGACCUGCAUUGGACGGGACCUACAAAUGCAUCUUCCGCAGCAGCUUGAAUCACUGUUGACCGGGGUGCGCGAUGCGUUCCUCAAUUCGGCCGCCUCCGCUCCGGCCAUCCGGCGCACGUUGCUUCAACUGAUCGAGCUUCAAGCAUCGCACUGGCAGCUGCCCGGCAACACCGUGCUGUACUACUAUCCUUCCUCCAAGUAGUUGGCUGGACAGAGGGGAUCCGCGGCUCGCAGUUGAAAGUGGGACAUUGAUUUUGAUGGACUGCAAGUCUGGUACCGCCACCGAAGGACCUGAACAACACGACGGCGUGCCCAGCGUCGCGCGCACAUUACACUUUUUUACCGAAACGCUCACGAAGCUGCAGAUUGGCGGUUGUUCAAACCCAACGAAGCGAUCAGACUACAUUCCAUCAAGCUCCUUUUGAAACCUGGUUUUGAGAAGCUGAAUCUGAAUGGCAAAGGCCAACGACGAGCCCAUAAUUGGACAGCCAAACCAAUCUAAACGACGACGAGGGACGAUCCCUUCUUGGAUAACGCACACAGUGCGAAGUUUGUAGUACUUCCCCCUGGCCGUGAAGUUAUUCGUUUAUUUGCCAGACACUAAUCUUCCGUAACUUUCUUCGUUCUUUGUUAAUUUUUUUGACGAUAUCUCGCACACAAUCGUUCUCCUUUUUCUGUAUCACCCCAGGUGCACGCGAACGACGAACGUUAAUCCUUUUUAAUCAAACAACCCCCUUACGAAACGAUUGAUUACGAACCUCCUGUAGAAGCGAUAGAAGCGGCACCCAAUGCAAUGACAAGCGCCCAGCCCAGUAGGUACGAAGCAUACAUUAACCGGGCUUGCAGCAGGUUGGUCGUAACAGUAAGAAGCGAGUGCCAUCGGCCGAUUCCAUCGGCCACAGUGAACGCACAUUAGAUAAUCGCGAUAGCGAUCAACUUUGUGGAAAUGAAAAACAAGAAACCAAGAGAGAAAACAAGAAAAAAAGGUUUAGAAACACAUAAUCCUAGUCACUUGUCGUACAACAAGAAAAGAAGUAAGUUGCCGUUCGAAGCGAGGCGCAGGUAAUAUCAUCAUUAGGCGAUUUCCUCGCCCAGACUGAAGUAAAGGUACCGCACGGAAUGUUGGGCGUAAAUCCUCGACGCGCCCGUCACAUCGGACAAUCGUGUGGAAUAAAUUAUUUACGCUGCAAAAGAACCGCCUGUUGCAUGUUUCAAAGAAAUUAGAUUUUCUGUUUUGAUUUCAAAUAUACCCCUGCUUAUGAGGUAGGAUGUGAGCCGCACGGAAGUAGAGAUCAAUCAUCGUUGAUCGUACCUUUUAUAUCGAGAAAGUGAACAUGUGGCUCUACAAUGAAGAAGCAAGUAAAGCUGAGCCAGUAGUUGAUAAAAACGUUUGUGUAUUUUUUGCUGUUCGUUGUUGGUAUGAAGGUAUUGAGAAACGAGUGUCGGAGACCGAAAAUCGAAGGAUUUGGACCGAUCGAUGCAACGUAUUAACCGCCGUAGUAUCAUUGUUGACUUGUUUAUUUAU